AUGAAUGUAUUUAUGCUGCACGAUGGUAUGAUGAAGUUACAGGGUGGGUCGAAAAAUCUGAAGCCAGAGUCGAAGCUGGGUGGCAGUGAAAACAAUGAAAUUGGACAGCUCAGUUCGCUACGAUUCCGCGCAGCAACGAAUAUGAAAUUCUAUCUCCUUUGGGUGAUCGCUUUAAUAGUUUUUCACAAAGCCCAGUCCAGGAAAGUGAAAUUUACCAAACUCGAGUGUUUCGAACUCGACAAGCCCUUUGCCACAAUUAAGAAAUGCCAACUGAAGGCCCUCUCCCGUUAUAGAUCGGCGCUGUUUGUACAUGUGGCCCUGCAUCAGGUUCCGGUAAAUAAUGUUUCGGUCAAUGCGCGAUUCUUUCGCAAGGGCAGCAACGGCUAUCGCCUGUUCAUGUACAACAACACUCUGGAUUUCUGUGCCUUUCUCAAGAAUCCAAAUCGUUUUAUGUUUUGGAAAAUAGUAUUCACCAAUUUAAUUUUGCCAUUCUCCAACAUAAAUCACACCUGUCCAUUCGAUCAUGACAUCAUCUGUGAGAAUUUGAUAUUGGAUAGUGAAAUGUUCAAUCUCAUACCAUUUGCCGAUGACGAGUACAUGUUCAGCUUUAAGGUGGGCGCCUACAAUCACUACAAGGCAGAGAUCAGGGCAUAUAUUUUGGUGAAGGAGGACAAGGUUUGA